GCGGAGAGGGGCGGCGGCGGCGACACCCUCCCGGCCGGGCCCCUCCACACCGCAGGCACGGCGCGGGGAGCGGGCGGGACCCCGCGACCCUCCGCUAGGACGUCCUACCCGCCAGUCCCUGCCGACGGCGGGGACAAGGGAAGGGAGGUGCGACCCUCUGUCCCCGCCCCGGGGCGGAGCCGAGGUCCGAGCCUGCGGAGCCAGAGACCGCGGGAAGCCGCCCGGGCUCCCUGCGGCUCCUCCCCCUCCGGCCAGACUCGGACCGACCCGCUACCCCCGCGGUCCCGGGGCCUGGGCGCAGCUGCCCGCGCGGCCUCCCGCCGCCCCCCGCCCGGGCGCGGCCCCUGCAGCCGCCAUGGCGCGAGGAGACGCCCCGCAGGACAGCUACCACCUGGUCGGGAUCAGCUUCUUCAUCCUGGGGCUGGGCACCCUCCUCCCCUGGAACUUCUUCAUCACUGCCAUCCCGUACUUCCAGGGCCGGCUGGCGGGGCCCCCCAACAGCACAGCCAGGACUCUGAGCGCCAACCACACGGAACCUGAGGACGCCUUCAACUUCAACAACUGGGUGACGCUGCUGUCCCAGCUGCCCCUGCUGCUCUUCACCCUCCUCAACUCCUUCCUGUACCAGUGCGUCCCCGAGGCGGUGCGGGUCCUGGGCAGCCUGCUGGCCAUACUGCUGCUCUUUGCCCUGACGGCGGCGCUGGUCAAGGUGGACGUGAGCCCCAGGCCCUUCUUCGGCAUCACCAUGGCCUCCGUCUGCCUCAUCAACUCCUUCAGUGCAGUCCUGCAGGGCAGCCUCUUUGGGCAGCUGGGCACCAUGCCUUCCACCUACAGCACCCUCUUCCUCAGCGGCCAGGGCCUGGCUGGAAUCUUCGCUGCCCUUGCCAUGCUCAUGUCCAUGGCCAGUGGCGUGGACGCCCAGACCUCUGCGCUGGGGUACUUCAUCACCCCCUGCGUGGGCAUCCUCGUGUCCAUCGUGUGCUACCUGAGCCUGCCCCACCUGAAGUUUGCUCGCUACUACCUGGCCAAGAAACCAUCGCAGGCCCAAGCUCACGAGCUGGAGACCAAAGCCGAGCUCCUCCAGUCUGAUGAGAAGAACGGGAUUCCCAGCAGCCCCCAGAAGGUGGCCCUGACUCUGGAUCUUGACCCUGUGAAGGAGCCAGAGCUGGAGCCAGAGCUGGAGCCAGACCAGCCCCAGGUGCCAGGGAAACCUUCAGUCUUCAUUGUCUUCCGGAAGAUCUGGCUGACGGCGUUGUGCCUUGUGUUGGUCUUCACAGUCACCUUGUCUGUCUUCCCUGCCAUCACAGCCAUGGUGACCAGCUCCACCAGUCCGGGGAAGUGGAGCCAGUUCUUCAACCCCAUCUGCUGCUUCCUUCUCUUCAACAUCAUGGACUGGCUGGGGCGGAGCCUGACCUCCUACUUCCUGUGGCCCAACGAGGACAGCCGGCUGCUGCCCCUGCUGGUCUGCCUGCGCUUCCUGUUCGUGCCGCUCUUCAUGCUGUGCCACGUGCCCCAGAGGUCCCGGCUGCCCAUCCUCUUCGCACAGGACGCCUACUUCAUCACCUUCAUGCUGCUCUUUGCCGUGUCCAACGGGUACCUGGUGUCCCUCACCAUGUGCCUGGCGCCCAGGCAGGUGCUGCCACAUGAGAGGGAGGUGGCCGGUGCCCUCAUGACCUUCUUCCUGGCCCUGGGACUCUCCUGCGGAGCCUCUCUCUCCUUCCUCUUCAAGGCGCUGCUCUGAAGUGGCCCGUGGGGGCUCUCCCAGCAGCCCCUCCCCGGCGUCCCCUCUGGAGCCGAGAUCCAGCCCAGGGGAACAGCGAGCCGGGCACGGGCCUCUCCUGGGCGGGGCCCCUGGGUCUGGGCUGCCGGAGGAGCAGGAGCUGCUCUCCACCCUGGCUGGUGACCGCUCUGCGUGCUGCGAGGAAGACUCACCGCCGGCUCGUUCUAACCUCCCAGGAGCAGCGCUGACCCACCUGGCCUCACUGGAAGGUGGUCGUCGGGGACACGGGGCCACGGCCCUCCCACCCACGGCCAGCGCUGCACUUGCCAGUCGGCACCAGGAGCUGAGGAUGUGCCUGAUGUGGCCCCUGCCCCAGGCUCAGGGAGGCUGUGGGGCCCAGGCCAGGGUGGGAGCUCUUCCUCCCCCAGGCCUCAGCGACACAGGGUGCCAGGGCAGUUGAAGGGACAAGGUAGGACAAAGGUGCUGAGAGUCUGAGAGUGCACAGAGGACUGGGGUCUGGGCCUCAACCAGUGUUUUUUUUUUUUAUUUUUUAUUUCAGCAUAUUAUGGGGAUACAGAUUUUAAGGUUUCAAUAAAUGCCCAUUU